CUCUUGUGAACAUAUUCAUGUGAACAUUGACAGAUUUCUAUGUACCUCCUUAGCUGCUCCUUGUAGCAAGCAGCUUAUUUCUGUACUGUUUAAACAGACUUUAUAUGCAGGAGUCUUUUUCCUAAUGUAUUCCCCUGCAAAAUAUGCAUGUAUAGGACCGUUCUCAUAUCUGAAAAGCUAUUGUUUGCUUACCUUCAGCCACUCACAAACAGGUGCGACCAUAUUUGCAAAUUUUCAUAUGAAGUGGCUUUAUGUUUGUGUGCAUGUAUAAUAUUGAGAGUGCCACAUCAGUUGCCAUGACCCUAAUUUGGUUAUAUUUUCCCACAAUAUGUGCAACUAUGGGAAUGUUAAUCUCUCUAUCGCUCUCUCACACACAUAUUUUUUCUUGAUAGAGUUUCAACUCACAUUUGAACUGGACAAAAUGGCAAUCAUGCUAGAAAACUACUUAGAAAGCAAAACAAGUUAUUUCUAAGUAAACCUGAUUUCUCUGGCUACUUUUUGGCCCUCCCUUUCCCCCCUUCCUCUUCCCUUGUAUGUUUUGUGGGUCAAUGUCUCUGACAGAGCAAUGCGACUUUUCGCACGGGUUCUCCAUGUGCACAACCAGGCUGGAUAAAAUUUUUCAACCAGAACAGACGGGACAGCUCCCCCCUCCCCUUCUUCCCUUGGGGAAAUCCUGGGAAGAUUACAUCUCUCUCCCUCCCUCUCGCCUUCCUUCCUUCCCUCUUUCCAUGACUCCUUUCUCUCUCCCUCUCCCCUUCCUCCAGAGCAGUGCAUGCCCAAGGCGGCAGGGUCCCACUGCAGUGCUCUGCGCUCACAUAUUCCUCCAGCCCAUUGCCUCCUCCUUCAAGCCCAGAGGAAGCUCUUUCUGGGCAUCUCAAGCUCAUUGCCAUGGCUGCAGCCUCCAAGAAGUCGCCUGUCACCUUUGUCCAGAGUGUGGGAUUUGUCCUGUUCUUCCUUCACUUUGCUUCAGUCAAAGCUGACGGGAAGUUGUUUGCCGUUGGACCCCGGAACGGCACCCAAAGUCUGGAUCUUGCCAUGGCUCAGCAAUCAUGUGCUGCCUUUGGAGCUUAUUUAGCCAGUGCAGAAGAACUGAAAAAAGCCAUUAGAGAUUGUUCCUUUGCUGUCUGCACCACAGGCUGGCUGGCUGAUGGCACUAUUGGGACAACUGUGUGCAAUAGGACAGGCAGCAAGCCACAAAGCGUGAAAGUGGUUGAUGUUCAGAUUGAAAUGGAUCCCUCUCCACGUGGCAAAUACAAUGCUAUUUGUGUGAAGGCUAAAGGCAAACCAUGUGGGGAUCCUCCAUCUUUCCCAAAUACCAUUCUGCAUGGGCAUACUGGGUUUGAAAUGGGAGAUGAACUGCACUACAUCUGUGCCCAGGGAUAUAUCAUGAGUAACAAGGACAUGGCUUUUACUCUGCUCUGUCACACAUGCGGGGAAUGGUUUGGUCAAGUACAGGCUUGUGUCAAAGAUGAAACUGAAGGGCAUAUUGAUUAUGAAGAUAAUUUCCCUGAUGAUCGAUCUAUGCCUACGGAAGAUCAUGAGCAUAAUGUUAAAGAGACAGAAGCAAAAGAGCAUGAGCCAGAGAAAACCAUGGAUGGUAUUACCAGGACUUACGUUGCUGAUGGUGACAAUCACAUUGGCAUCACAUUUAUGUUGAAUGAGCAGGGCACCAAGAUGAUAUAUGAAGGUGAAGACUUCCCUGCUGAACCUAUUAUUGUGAAUAAUGAUACAAAAGCAGCAAAACAUACAGAAUCCAAUGCAGAUGAGUCCUGGCUAGAUGGCUACCCUGUUACUCAAGAAGCCAUAGAAGAAGAGGAAGAUGAAGAAGGGGAUAAAAUGGAUGGCUCUAUGGGGAGAGAAGAUGACUUUGUCACUGAUCAACAGAAUUAUGAUGGAAUGAGGAGAACAGGGGGCGGCAAUGUGGACAAGGAUUUGGUACAGACUGAGCCAGCCUUGCCAUUGACAUAUAGUGAUGGCAUUGAAAAAAUAUUAGUAACGCUACUGCCAACAAGUGGCCCAGAGAGUGGAAGUGUACGAUCAGAGGAUGUCCUCCUUUAUGCCACAGGAUUAGUCACUCAAGAGCUAGCACCCAUAAGUACAGUCACUACCUUGAACCUGGAGAUGGUGGACACUUCAGCAGUGCUCUGUGUCACUGACCACAUACCAUUACCAGAAGAAGAAGAAGAAGAAACGGUGACCUUCCCAAUACAAACAAUCACUACUGUGUCUUCUCAAAACACGUUUACCACUAUUGCAAAAGAAGCUGUUAUCUAUGGACUAGAUGGAAAGUCCGUGACCACUUUUGAACCAUGUGUUGAUUGUUCCACCUCAAUUAAAGGCCCCAUAGUAGCUAUUGGUGUGACUGUUGUGUGUUUGCUUUUACUUGCUACAAUCCUGGCUGUCUGGUGUUUCAAGAAACGGCAACAGAAAACUUCUGUCUAUAAACUGAAUGGGAAAGAUCAUGCUAGGCACCAGCCGCAACAGAUUGAAAUGCAGAAAGUCUAAUCCAGCUGACUAUAUUCGAAUGUAAAAGUAUGAAGAGGGGUGAGAGAACCUGAAUACAAAAUGGAUACUGUAAUGCACAUGUUCUCAGAAAGCAAGAAGAAAAAAGUGAUUCGCGGAUCAGCAGGAUUUAUAGCUAUCUGAAAUCACAAAGAUUUUAUAUCAGUAUUAAUUUAGCUAGCUGACGUAUACGUUAUAAACACCCAUUUGCUUGAAGACAUCAAGAUGGGAUAGCUUUCCGAAAGAGGUGCUCAGUUAUAGACAUCAUGGCUAAAGAACUAUAGCUGCAUGGUGGGUAUCCUGGAUGCAGCCUGUAAAGCGUGGAACCAUACUGGUCCAAGAUGCAAAUAAUUUAUCUGAAAUUUCUUUUGUCUUUUUUGAACCAGGAUCAAGUUGUAGAGACAUUUGUUAGUUGUCUUGUUUAACAGAACUUCAAAAAUGUAUGCUACCAUGCUUACAGCCCCUUCAGUGACUUUGUACUGGAGAUGCCCCAUAUUUUAAUAGAUACCAUUAUGGGAGGUGUUCACCAUGAGUUGUAUGAUAAAUUUGCCCUUCACCUUUAAAAAAGUGUCCUGUGUUUGUAUGACGGCAUGUACACAGAGAGGAUCUUCUAUGAAUGGACUUGAAUUGAUGGUAUACCAUUAAGUUUCAUUAAUUUUUAAAAUAUAAACCAACCAUUUCCAACAUCCCUCCCAGUCCUUUGGAAUGUUAUUGAAUAUAUUCCUGAUAGUUAUUUAUCGAGUCUUUUUUCUGAUACAAUUCUCUAAUUGGUUUGAGAUCCAGUUGUACUCAGAAAUGACUGAAAACAAGGGUAUUCAUCAUAACUAACUUAAAUUCAAUAGGUCUACUCUACAUGUGGAUCCACCUUUUGAAAUGGAAUUGAAUACCUAGAAAAGUUGAUUUUUGGGGUUGCAAUUCUGCAAACAAAAUGCCUGUGCUGGCCAGAGAAUUCUGGGAAUUGUAGUCCCAAAGGUAAAUUUCAUGAGCGCUAUAUAACUGAGUUCCAGGGAAUUUAAAGAAAUAAGUGGGUAUAAAACUGUAGUGUUAGGAUGCAGUUCUGUUGGCAUGUUAUAUAUAACUGAGAUAAACUGGCAGAAAGUUCUUGCAGAAUUUUGGUUAUAGUCUAAUGAAGUAAAAUCUGAGGAACAUGCAAUAGCAUUCACAAAACAAAAAAGAAAAGAAAUGCAUCUAAAGAUACUGAAAAUAUGGUUGUUUAUUACUAGAAAAGCCUGGUACAUUUAGGUCUUCCUCAAGAGUAUAUAUAGAAUCCAACUUCAAAAUAUUCUGAACAAGGAACUCUUGUACUAUUUACUUGGAAAUUUAUCCAGAUUCAGGGUGCAAUGAAAGAACAAGAAAUGCCUAGUUGUUUAGUAUGUUGUUAUAAUAUUUUUUACUCACAAGAUUGGGGAGAAAAAGUGGGGUUUUCUGUCCCAUGUAUCAGACUAAUGUGGCUGUCUUUCAUGAAUGUUGUAGGAAGCUAGGGGUCAUUUUUCUGCAAUUUCUCAGGGCAGCAAAAUAUUUUGGGUUGCUCUUGAUCACUACAUAUUUCACAAUAUAUCUGGUUUCACUUUAUAAAUCUCGUUGCAAUGA